UUUUCUUGUCCGGGAUGCAUCCUGUUGACCCUAUAACCCCUUGCAGACGUAGGAAUCUGUGGCGACGUGGAAAUAUGGAGGCAUAAAGAGAAAUAAGAGACCGCAAAAACAUAGUCUUUAAAUAAUAACAACAAUAAUCAGUAAAUUAGAAAUACUGGAGAAGUGACAGUUCUUACACUGACAGCCCACGUAUCAAUUAAGGAAAUAAUUUUUGGAGGAAGGGAGAGUCGCUUUCGAAAGCAGCUCCUGCAUUCUGGAAAUGAAGGUGUAAAAGCACUUCUCCAUUGUGACUAGGAGAUGGGAGCCAAGGCCAGCCACGUGAGCGAACUGUCAGAAAACGAGAACCUAAGGAAGUUGAUAGGCACAGAGUCAAUAUCAGAAAAUGACCCUUUCUGGAAUCAGCUUAUCUCAUUUUCCUUCACAAGCCCCACAAACAGUGCGGACACAAAGCUUCUGGAGGAAACAACUAUCUCGCUUUCUAAGGCUCUAAUUGUGAACAAUCCAAGGACAGGAAACUUCGGAGCCCUUGUGAGAAUUUUCCUUAGCAGAACCAAAGAGCUGAAAAUCUCAACAGAAUGCCAAGAUCAGUUGUUUAUCUGGCAGGCCCACAAUGCCUUGUUCAUGAUCCGCUGUCUGCUGAAAGUGUUCAUCAGUCAGAUGUCAGAAGAGGAGCUGCACUUCCAGUUCAGUUACCAGGAGAGGGCACCAGGGACAUGUGCUGCUGGCGAAGAAGAUCUCUUUGAGGAGGUGUUGUGUAACCUGGUCCAUCUCAUUAUUGAAGUACCCUUACUGGACAUCACAUACAGUAUUCUGUUUGAGGCUGUGACAACUCUCCUCAUCCUGCUCUCCUACCAGCUAUUCCACAAGGAGAUUCUGCGAGAAAGUCUAAUUUACAAAUACCUUAUGCAAGGACGAUGUGUGCCCUUCACCAGUAGACUUGUAAAAACAUUGCUGUAUAACUUCAUUAGACAAGAGAAGUGUCCUCCCCCAGUCACCCAUGUCUUUGAGCAACAGGCAGAGGGGAGUGGAUUAUUCUAUGGACUUGCAUCAGGAGUUGCCAGUGGCUUGUGGACAGUCUUUACCUUAGGAGGAGCAGGAAGCAAACCGAAUCCUGAGGAAGAACGGCCCCUGCCGCUGUCCAAUCAGAGCCUGCUUCUGCUGCUUGUAUUAGCCAACCUUACAGAUGGGGUGGACACCCCCAACCCUUACAAACAGGCUAUCAUGUCUUUUAAGAACACACAAGAUAGCUCUGCCCCUCCAUCUUCCCAUCCUCAUACUUUCCAGAUCAACUUUAACAGUCUUUAUACAGCUUUGUGCGAGCAGCAGAAGUCAGACCAAGCCACUUUACUCCUGUACACUUUGCUGCAUCAAAAUACCAAUUUCAGAACCUACAUGCUUGCUCGAACAGACAUGGAUAAUCUUGUGAUGCCAAUCCUUGAGAUUCUCUAUCACGUGGAGGACAGGAAUUCACACCACGUUUACAUGGCACUUAUCAUUUUGUUAAUUCUUACUGAGGACGACGCCUUCAAUAGAUCAAUUCAUGAAGUGAUAUUAAAAAACAUUACCUGGUACACUGAGCGUGCUCUGACUGAAAUUUCCCUCGGGAGUCUGCUAAUACUGGUGGUGAUUCGGACCAUUCAGUUCAACAUGACAAGAACAAGGGACAAAUACCUUCACACAAACUGUCUGGCAGCUUUAGCUAAUAUGUCGUCUCAGUUCCGUUCUCUUCAUCAGUAUGCGGCCCAGAGAAUUAUCAGUUCUACCUGCCGCCACAUGCAGAGAUACUUGUAUGUCUUGGACCAUAUGUAUUUCCCCCGCUCCCAUUGCACUACGCUGCAGCAGUGCUUCUCGUACCUGGGUGACACGGGAGAGGAACUCUUGCACUUUACUUGCUCUUACAUGCUCAAGUCCUAUGCUUCCAGCCUGUUUGCUUUGUUGUCUAAAAAACACAACAAAGUCCUGGAGCAAGCCACACAGUCACUGAGGGGCCCCUUUGGUUCUGACGACAACGCUUCGCUUCCCGACUAUGCUCAGGAUCUGAAUGUGAUAGAGGAGGUGAUCCGAAUGAUGCUGGAGAUUAUAAACUCUUGCUUAGCCAAUUCCUUGCAUCACAACCCCAACCUGGUGUAUGCCUUGCUCUAUAAACGAGAGCUUUUUGAGCAAUUUAGAUCCCAUCCCUCCUUCCAGGACAUCAUGCAGAAUCUGGACAUGGUGAUUGGCUUCUUCAGCUCCCGACUCGAGCAGGCUGGAUCUGAUCUGUCAGUGGAACGUGUUCAGGAGGUCAUUAAGCAAGGCGCUGCAGCUCUACCCAAAGAUCGACUGAAAAAGUUUCCAGAGCUGAAAUUCAAGUAUGUGGAAGAGGACCAGCCGGAAGAGUUCUUUAUCCCCUAUGUAUGGUCUCUGGUCUACAACUCUACAGUGGGACUGUACUGGAGCCCCCAGGAUAUAGAGCUCUUUACCAUGGACUCAGGCUGAGCGCUCCUCUGUGACGUGUGUGUGUGUGUGUGUGUGUGUGUGCGUGUGUGUGUGUGCGUGUGCGUGUGAGUGUGACAUCCUCUCCCAAGAACAGCCGCAUGAUGGCAUGACUGUGUGAAUACUCAUGCUUUUGCGAGAAGUGCUUGAAUAUGGACUUAAUCUAUUUUACAUACUCUAAAAACAUUAUAAUAAUAAUAAUUUUAAAAAAAGAUAUGAUGCUUAGCAUUUAGACUUAAUGCUCCAGGCUGGCGCAGUGCAAGGAAUCAACAUGUCGGUCAGUGGUCUUAAUGGAACAACAGUAAAAAAAAGAAGAAAAAAAAAACAAACAAACAAAGGCAAACAGGAAACUGGACCUUCGGCGCUUAAGUCUUUAAUUGCAGACUAAACAAACAGCCAUCCAGAGCACCGGGUGCUGUUGAUUUCCCGCUCAAAUACUGGCCUUCGGUAUACAGGGCCAUGUCGUAAGCACAGUUCAAUGAGGACAGCGGAGUGAGAUGAAACAAACUCAGCAGGCACCAGUCUCUCUGAUGACUGCUGAAUGUUGCUUGUUCUUGAAUUUACUCUCAGGUCAACCUGCAUCACUCAAACUGCUAAAAGACAGCAGGCCCUAUUCACACAACUUUUAACUCACCCUUAUAAUUUAAAGACUGUUUUAUGUGUUUGUUAAGUAUCCGUAACAUUAUAUACUCGGUAUAAAAUCUGAAAUAAAAAAGGAAGUUUUAAGAGAAUAAGAGUACUUGUUACUGUUAUUUGGGGUAGUGUUUUGAAAUAAAAGAAUAACCAAUAAAGUAUACUGGGCAAUACAAAAUGCAUCCCAUAAGCACCUGUCAUAAGAAGAUAAACUUCCAUAGAAAACUAGCUUUUCUUGUAUAUCAGACCUUAUUUAAUUUAUUAAGACAAUAAUUAACAACAACAAAAAACAGUAUAUAAAUAAAGCUUAAGUUAUAUUUUUGUGAAUUCGGGCAGUUAAUGUAGAAUUUAAAGAAAUUGUUUUUAAGCUGUUAAGCUUUAAGCCAAUAGUUAAGUUUCAUUAAAUGUUAAUCCAUAACUGUAAUUCUGCUUUCAUUGCAAGUCCUAUGCAUUCUAGACUAGGCAAACCAGUUGGCUCAUUUUUGCAUUACAGUGCAAUACAACAAACAAAAUUUUAAAAAGUGGUAAAAGAAAAAAGUUUUGGGUAUAAGGUAUGCAUGCACACAUGCCUCUGUUCGCAAUGAAGGAGUCUUUUCAGUCUGUAAAGACAAUAAAACAUUUCACCUCAUACAAAGCAUGUCCUAAGGGCACCAUUUGUUGUAAAGAAGAAAAAAAAAAGAAUUGUUGCUGGAAUAUAAUACAGAGUUCAUGACAGUAUAACAAUUCAGUUUUCCAUAUUCAAGUGGAAAAUACAAAAUACAAGAAACACAUAAAAUAUUUUUAGUAUAUUCGGUUUGUUUUUUAAAUAAAAACAAACACAAAGCUCCUAUAUUCAAAUUAUAUUUCCGGACAUCUAUGUGGUAGCAACUUUGCUAAACGAUACUGUAACUGUUUACACACUGUUAAGAAUGGGUUCAGCAGGAAUUGGGGGGUCAUUCUCUUUCAUCUUCUAAAGAGCAUGCAGUGUUUUGAAGGUUGGGGACGGCUUUUAUGAAGACUUAACUCACAUUUUGUACUUGGACUUUGGAUUAAUAUCAAUUUAUUAGGCAGGUCGCAUGCAGUUCUGCCUGCACUGCAUCAUUACGCUUUUAUGUUUUCAUAAAUGUGUCAAACGUCUGAUACCUCAUGUUAAAAACUAUUUGAGGUGCUAAUGUUUAUAUUGGUUUUAGAAACGCUUCUGGCAAAAUUUAGCUUAGAGCCCUUUAUCUCUGACGUCAUGCAGCUGACUAAUUACAGUUAGCCGUUUUACAGAGAUUAGAGAAUUAUAAACCAAAGGCAUUGAGUUAUUGACUUCAAAUUUGGUACAAAGCUGUACUGUAAGGUAAUCUUGGUCAAGUUUGGCACCCAGUAAAAUGGUACUUUGUUUGCCAUGUCAUGUUGUUGUUAUUAUUUUUUUUUAUGGACAUUUGUUACACGUUAUUCCAUGGCAUACAUGUGACAACACAGACAUGACGUAUAUACAGUACAAUAGGACAUCAUUCACAUAGAAAAGAGUUUAAGUUAGGAAUGGGUACACCUUUCCACUUUUCUGUUAAGACCAUUUUGGAUUAACUUGAUUGGUCUGAAAACUAGACAGACCUCCAACCUUUACGCAUGUGAAUGGUUUAGUCUAUAGGCACUGACAUUUUUUCAUUGUUCUAUGUACAACUGUUUGUUUAAAAUAUUUUGGUUUCAAUGGGUUUUCUAUUUGUAAUAUUGUGUUAUUUUGGUCUGGUGUCUGGGAUGAGGGUAGGGAACAACAGGAUUAUUAUUCAAUUGUGUUUCAAAACAACACUGAGGAAAAACAAAAGUAUUCUUAAGGCUUCCAGCAACUGUAUAAAAUCACUGAGAUUAUAAAAUUAAAAACAAUUGCCAUGCCUUUAAGAUCAUGCUUUGUUGACAAAUGAGGUGUAAUUUAUUUACCAGUCAGGGAAGGAAGGUGGGUGCAAAAUGUAACCCAUAUUUAUGUGUUUGCUGCAAGCAUGCAAAGCACAGACGGGAUCCAUGAUAUAUUUAUGAAAGCAGUUUUGUGUUUUGGGGGAAUUAAAUUACUUCUGCUUGGCUAAUCCUAGGAUAAAAUUGUAAUUAUGGCACCAACAAUUGCGAUCAAUAUGAUGGAAUUCAUUUGCAGGUAGCAUUAAAUAAUUGCACACCGUUACCAGUUUUUAGAUAUUAGGUAUAUGUUAUUAGUUUGUGUUAUUUUGGCACUUCUUAAAAGCAGCUAUAACAAUUCCAUAAUUUAAUUUAAUCCUAGGGACCGACAAUAUGAAUGUACUGUAGUCCAAUGAUAAUCGAGUAUUUUCACUAUAAUUUCAGCACACAUAUGACAAAUGCACGCUAACAUCUCCACAGCAAAGUCUGUGCUGGAAAAGAAAUAUUGAAAGCCAGCCUCAAACACGUUAAUCCCCAUCACUUCUCGCUGCACCCAUUGAAACCAUUUGCUUUUCUUUAUUGGCAGAUACAGUGACUGUUCCAUGUAUGCACCAUGUUCCCCCUAUUUUAAUAGACCCCUGAGCAGCUUCACUGCACCCCAAGAAUGGGUUUGCGCUUGCCAUUGUUUUUCUGCCAGGCUGCAACAUUAUUGUUUUUGUUAUAUGAAAAAAAGUGAAUGAAUUUUUAUUGUUUUUUUUUUUCUAUUUAUUUUAAAUAUAGUGAUACAGUAAUAUUUUGUUUUAGCAGAUUUGUAAAUGCACAUUUGAAGGGUAGAUGUAGGCUUGGGAUUGGGCAAAUUGCAUAAAAACAUGUUUUGGCCGUUGACAUGUAUAAUAAAGAUGUGUUACAUUCUA